CGGAACAACCUAGUCACAAGCGAUCAUCCAAACCAAAAACAAAGUCGAUGAGCGAGGAACAGCCCACAGAUAGAAAGAAAUAAAUCAAAAAAAGAGAGAAGAAAAAUUUCUUCAGAAAUGGAAGUGGAAGUACCAGUACAGGGAUUCCACUUCAACAGCAAAACCAAAACAUCAUACAUGAGCUCCUCUUUCUCUUCCAGCCCAAGGCGGUUCGAAUUCCAGCGCCACUCCUCCACCGCCCCAACCAGCCCCACCGCCUCAACCGCCGUAGGCAGUUCCUGCUUAUCGCCUACUCAUAUCACGGAAGACGAAGACAACGACUUUGCCUUCGAUUUCAGCGGCCAUCUUGACAAAAAUGCUCCUCCCCCGGAACUCACAACCGCCGACGAAUUAUUCUACAAGGGUAAGAUUCGUCCCCUCAAACUCCCCCUCCGUCUCUGCUCUCCAGCCGCCAACCACAUCAUCACCGCCAAACACUCCGACCCUUUCUCCGCCUCCAUGGCCGAACCCACUCGAGACUGCAGAAGCCGAGGCAGAGCUCCUUCCCUUUCUUCAAGAAGCCGAAAAGGAUCCCGAUCUCUCUCCCCAUUACGAAAAGAAACCAAUCCCAGCAAUCCUUUCCCGAUCUCCUGUAAAACAGAGGAAGAAAGCAGCAACAGCGGCAAGAAAUGGUGUUUCAAAGAUCUACUUCUCUUCCGCAGCGCUUCUGAGGGGCGAGCUACAGGGGAUAAGAACAAGGAUCCGUUGAGGAAGUACACGGCGGCUUGUCUGUCGCCGAAAGGUAGGAAGGGAAGCUUAGGAGACGAGUCGAGGAGUUCGAGUUUCCGGUUGCCGUCGCCGCACGCCAUGCAUUAUGCGGCGAACAGGGCGGCGGCGGAGGAGCUGAAGAGGAAGACGGCGUUGCCGUACAAACGGACAUUUUUAAACUGGCUCAGGUUCGCUCCGGCGUUGCGAAGUCUUGGUUCUUUAGGGGCCGGCGACAAUCAUUCCUCCUAUCGUGGGAAAGCCAUGGCAGGGUCGAAAUCAAUGCCACCCUUGAGAGAUGGGAGUUAAUUGAGCAAAAUUGACUGAAUUUGGUCGUUAUUUUGGUUGGAUUUUUUUUUUUUUAAUUUUAUUUUGCAAUGAUGAUUGAUGAGUUUUAAA